CCUCACCGGGUACAAACCAGAGUGCGCCAGCUGCUAGGGCUCUAGGCGGCGGGACGCUUGAGCUUGAGUAGCUCAUUGGGAACCCAAAGGACCAGGGCACGAAGCUCCUGCUCCAAGGCCGAGCUCCCGCACCCCGCGCCAAGCCUCCUCUCCCUCAGCUCCCAGUGGAGCUGCCGUGCGCUCCACUCCCAGUCCGGCAGAAAGUGGCGAUGUCUCCUUCGAUGCCUGCGGACCGCUAAGGAGCUCCGGGAGCCUCCUCCCCAGCUGCCGGCACCCCUGAGCCUCCUUCCUCGCCAGUCGGGACGCUGCUGCCUGGCCCUUGCCCCGCUGCUCCGUGACAGGGCUGCCAAGCGGUAUCUAAGUGGAGUUGGCCUUCCUGCCCACCUGUGGAAGAACUCGCGCCGACGGAUGCGCCAUCGACUUUACUCUUCUUUCUCCCACGGCCUGCUAAGCGUCCCCUCCCACAAAAGCAACAUCACCCAGUGAAUUACAUUAGGGUGGCUCCCCCCCCCCCCCCCAGCUUUGGGCUUUGUUUGGGUUUGAUUGUGUUUGGCUCUUCGCUAAGCUGAUUUAUGCAGCAGCGGAGCCCCAUCGGCUGGGGAGAAAACAAAAGCUCUUUUCUUUGUCCGAGGGAGUGCGGACUGUGGAGCCGCUGCUGCUGGCCCUCGGCUGUCUUAGGAGGUGUUUUCCUUUUCCUUUUUUUCUUUUUUCUUUUUCCUCUCUCCUUCCAAGAUCGCGGGUCUCGACUUGCAGAGCUGGGAGGGCCGCUAGGGCCCUGAAAUGCAGAGCGGUGCCCGGGCCCACGCAUCUGCAACUCUUGAUCACCACCGUGGGGUCCGCUUGCCGGGCCUGCGGCAAAGGUCCUAGCGACCCUCGGCCCGCGGGCCCGCGAGGUGCGCCCCGGAGGCGCGAGCGCGCCACAGGAAAGCCGCCAGGCAGCGGGCGCGGGGCGGGCGCUUUGCAUGAUGUGCCGCUCGGCCCUAGCUUUUUUGACUGCUGCAAUUGUCUGUCUGCAAAACUGCCAGAGAGGUCCUUCCUCGUUUCUCCGGGCGGCGUGGGUGUUCUCACUUGUUCUUGGACUGAGCCAAAGUGAAGACAAUAGAUGUGUAUCUUCAAACGCAGGAUCAUGUGCAAGGUGCCUUGCGAUGGGACCCGAAUGUGGAUGGUGUGUUCAAAAGGAUUUCAUUUCAAGUGGAUCAAGAAGUGAACGUUGUGAUACAGUUUCCAAUUUAAUAAGCAAAGGCUGCUCAGCUGAUUCUAUAGAGAACCCAUCUGUGCGUGUAAUAGUAGAAAGUAAAAAUGAAAUAAACACUCAAGUGACUCCAGGAGAAGUGUCCAUCCACCUGCGACCAGGAGCUGAAGCUAAUUUUAUUAUGAAAAUUCAUCCUUUGAAGAAAUAUCCUGUGGAUCUUUAUUAUCUGGUUGAUGUGUCAGCAUCAAUGCAUAAUAAUAUAGAAAAAUUGAAUUCUGUUGGAAAUGACUUAUCUAGGAAAAUGGCGUUUUUCUCCCAUGACUUCCGUCUUGGAUUUGGUUCAUAUGUUGAUAAAACUGUUUCACCAUAUAUUAGCAUCCACCCAGAAAGGAUUCAUAAUCAAUGCAGUGACUACAAUUUAGACUGCAUGCCUCCCCAUGGCUACAUCCACGUCCUGUCCUUGACAGAAAACAUUACUGAAUUUGAAAAGGCAGUUCAUAGACAAAAGAUCUCUGGAAACAUAGAUACCCCUGAAGGAGGGUUUGAUGCCAUGCUUCAGGCCGCUGUGUGUGAGAGUCACAUUGGAUGGCGAAAAGAAGCUAAAAGAUUGCUGCUGGUGAUGACAGACCAGACAUCUCAUCUUGCUCUUGAUAGCAAAUUGGCAGGCAUAGUGGUGCCCAAUGAUGGAAAUUGCCACCUGAAAAACAAUGUCUACGUGAAGUCAACAACCAUGGAACAUCCCUCACUGGGUCAACUUUCAGCAAAACUAAUAGACAACAACAUUAAUGUCAUUUUUGCAGUUCAAGGAAAGCAGUUCCAUUGGUAUAAGGACCUUCUACCCCUUUUGCCUGGCACCAUUGCUGGUGAAAUAGAGUCAAAGGCUACAAAUCUCAAUAAUUUGGUAGUCGAAGCCUACAAGAAACUCAUCUCAGAGGUAAAAGUUCAGGUGGAAAACCAGGCACAUGGCAUUCUUUUCAACGUUACUGCCAUCUGUCCAAAUGGGACCAGAAAGCCAGGAACUGUUGGCUGUGGAAACGUGACAAGCAAUGAUGAAGUUCUUUUCAAUGUAACAGUCACAAUGAAAAAUUGCGAGGUCAUGGGAGGAAAAAGCUUUGCAAUUCUAAAACCUAUUGGUUUCAAUGAAACCACUAAACUUCAUAUACACAGAAGCUGCCACUGCCAGUGUGAGGAGCACAGAGGGCCUGAGAGGCAGUGUAUGGAUGAGGCCUUCCUGGAUCCCAAGUGCUUGCACUGUGAUGAGAGUAAAUGUCACUUGAGUGAAGACCGAUUUCCAUCCGAGAGUUGCCAGUCACACAAGGACCAACCCAUUUGCAGCGGUCGAGGAGUUUGCAUAUGUGGGAAGUGUCUAUGUCACAAAACAAAGCUUGGGAAAGUAUAUGGACAGUUCUGUGAGAAGGAUGACUUUUCUUGUCCAUAUCACCAUGGCAGUCUCUGCGCCGGGCAUGGAGAGUGUGAAACAGGAAGAUGCCGGUGCUUCGGAGGCUGGGAAGGGGAUCGGUGCCAGUGCCCAUCAGCAUCAGCCCAGCAGUGUGUCAACUCCCAAGGCCAAGUGUGCAGCGGGCGAGGCACCUGCGUGUGUGGCAGGUGUGAAUGCACAGAUCCCAGGAGCAUCGGGCGCUUCUGUGAACACUGCCCCACCUGUUCCACAGCCUGCAGUGACAACUGGAACUGUAUGCAAUGCCUUCACACUCACAAUCUGUCUCAAGCUCUACUUGACCAGUGUAAAACCUCAUGUGCUCUUGCGGAACAGCAGAUCUAUGUGGACCAGAUACCAGAAUGCUUAUCUACUCCAAGCUACUUGAGAAUAUUUUUCAUCAUAUUCAUAGUUACAUUCUUGAUUGGAUUGCUUAAAGUCCUUAUUGUUAGACAGGUGAUACUACAAUGGAAUAGUAAUAAAAUCAAGUCUUCAUCAGAUUACAGAGUGUCCACCUCAAAAAAGGAUAAAUUGCUUCUGCAAAGCGUUUGCACAAGAGCAGUAACAUACCGACGUGAGAAACCUGAAGAAAUCAAACUGGACAUCAGCAAACUCAAUGCUCAUGAGACUUUCAGGUGCAACUUCUAAAUAAAGAUAAAAUAGUAUUCUAUGGGAAACUGGAUUUUUAAAAUAAUUGCUCCUAAAAAAACAAAAGUCACAGGAGGAAACAUGUUGCUGGAGAUUGUGCCCCUUCCUGGUUGAGUGCUGGCAAGCAUCAUCGUCAUGUGACUCGCCUAGCUGCUGAAUUUUUCAGAGAAAAAAGUGUGUCUAACUACUGUUUAAAGACUAAGACUAGUGUCAUUGUAGCACUUUACUGUAAUAUAUAACUUAUUUAGAUCAGCAUAGAAUGUAGGUCAUCUGAAGAGCACUGAUUACACUUUACAGGUACCUGCCCUUCUUCUGCUUCCUCGAGAGACACAAUGCUGACAGGCAAGUUAGCACUGUGUCUUUUCAAGGAUGCAGUGAGCCCUGCACAGAGCAUGCAGGUGGGAAAUAUCUAACCUGGCAGUUCCAUUCUGAAGUGGCUGCACACUUCAACAAUUGGCAGAGGCUUGACAAGAACAGCCAGAUGAAUAAAGGGUUAGUUUCACCCUUUCAAGAGGUGGACAGAUAGAUCCAAUUGUAAUGGGUUUUGCUUUUUGAAACUGUAUAGUUUGAUGCAUGUGUAUUUAUGUUUGCCACUUUUCGAAAAUGGAUGCUGAUUCCAACAUUCUCUUCUUUUGCCAUUUAUGUUUAGUUUUUCUUCCUUCCGGGACGUUUAUGUCACAGAUGACUGGAUUUAAUAAGUGCUAAGUUACUACUGCCAUAAAAACCUGUAAUACAAUGUCACUUUAUUAGAAUACUAGUUUUAAAUGCUGAAUGUUAAUAAUGGACACUGUAAAGUAUCUUCUAAAUCUGAAUAGCUUCGUUGUUUGAAUAUGUGGAGUUUGGUAUCUUCUUACCUGGUAAACUGGAUGAUUUCACCAUAUCAUUUAUCUAUCAGUGAAUUGAAAUUGGUAAACUGAAAUCUACAAUGUAUUUAGAAACUCUGCUUCUAGUCAAGUACCAUUUUUUAAAUGGGGUUUCUUAGGUCUUGAUCUCAAGUAGGCAUCAACAUUUCUCAAAUGCAAAACUAUAUUAUUUUUUGCUCUUCCAUGCACCAAAACACCUUGCCUUGAGUCACCAGAACCCUUCUUGCCAGAGUUCAUAAAAGUAUGAAACUGGAGGAGAGUAGGUAAUAAGGAACUGAGGUUUAGAAAAUAUAAAUGAUUUCUCAAAAGAAAAGAAAGAAAACAAACAACAAUGACAAAAAACCCAAUCAGUAUAAAGUGACCACAUUAGAAAUUAGCUAUCUUCUCGUUACAGGGCCAGUGUUCAUUGCACAAUAUCAUGCUACCUCUUGAAGUUUUAAACAUUCAAUUGAUGAAUAUUUUUAAACAUGAUUUAAAAGUAUAUGAGAAAAUUUCACAGCACAGUCAAUGAAACUGAAUGAUCCAUAAUGGGCUUCCAGGUUUCCCUGCCCACCCUCUCCUGAUAAGAGACUGAAACAUGGCCUAACAGCAGGAGAAUCCUUUCUUCACAUCCUAGGCUGUGUGGCUCCCUGCUAGCCUCCAGUGCUCCUGGGAGCUGUACACGACUCAUCUUGAAGCCUUGAUACAGAGACCUGUGAGUUCUAACUUCCAUCUGUCCUGUGUAUAGCUCAGAGUUACACCUUCAAGGAAAGAAUUCCCUUAAAAAUAUGACCUUAUACUUAACCCCAGACAUUUGCUGUCUUCCAGAACUUCUGUGAAGUUCUAGGUCUUUGCAUUAUAAUGAAGACUUACUUCCAUCCUAGAUUUUCCUCUAAAGAGAACUGAAAAACACAGAAAUUGUUCUAGAUGUAGCAAACCCAGACUCCUGCAGCAAAACAAUCAGGAUGUUAAAUUGAAUUCUGUUGCUUUCCCUAAGAGAAAGAUUGGGGGCAUUCUCAUAGUUCAACACUGUGGUUCACUUGUGCAAGAAAAAAAUCCUUGGUCUCUAACACAUAGGUCACCAAUGGCUAUAAUCAUAGUUACUCAGGGAGUUGAGACAUGGAGGACCUCAAUUUGAAGCCAACCCCAGGGCAGAAAGUCUCCAGUUGUCUAGUAAAGAGUUAGACUGGAGGUUCUGUCCAUGCAGUAGAACACCAGUCAUGACAAAACAUCUCCAGAAUUGCAAGUACCUGAGUUCAAGCCCUAGUAAUAGCCAAAACAAAGAAACAAAGCAUAGUGAAUACUUUGGUCACUGAAGAUAAAAUAAAAUUGUAUUUUAUUCUCAGUCACCUAUAGUAGUAUCCUUUUAUAAACACAAAUGGAUACUUGAAAAGUCCCUAGGAAGAAAAAAUAGAAGAUAAAAUGAUUGUUUUAAAAUGAAUAUUACAAUGUUUAUGAAAAGUAAUCUUACUUCCAUGUUAAAGAGCAAAGAAGCAUAAUAAAAUGAAAUCAUAAAAAAUGAAAGAUUUAUAUUUUCCAAACCAUCACUUGUUUGCACUAACUUAAAAUGGACCAAGACAAGGAAGUCAUUUCAGUGCUAGGUGAUGAAACAUAGUUAAACUUGGGAUUUCUUGUGCUUCCUCUUUUCCUUUCUUACUUAAAGAGCUAGUUCUUAGUGAGUGUAGGGCUUAUAUUUUACUUGAAUAAUUAUGUAGUGCAUUGUGAGGAAAGAAUUACUAUUUGACUAAGAAUUAAUUAGAAGGUGAUACAGGGUAUCCUUAAAUUUAAUAACUUAUGUAAAUAGAGCUUACUUUCAACUACUAUGACCACAGGAGCCUUUUGAGAUUUACUUAUAUUAAACAUGACUAAUUGGAUCUUAAAUUGUUAGCAAAAAAUUAAGAACUUGAACAACACUUUUGGUAUAGGAGCAUGUUUUAUGUCUUAAAGUAGGUAAGAAUAAAAAAAAGUGCCAUCUUAUACAUACACAAAUAUACACACACACAAAAAUAAAGCUAUGUGAAACUUCUUCCUCUGAGACAUCUUUACACUGCAGUGCAUAAAUGUUUAUAGAAAUUUGCUAUAUGUUUGGAAUUUUCUACUAUUUAUAAAGCCCUAUAGAUUGUUUGGCUGACUCAGGAAUUUGCUAAAAUUCUAUCCCAAAUGUUCAAUUUAGCUUUUGUUUACAAAAUUUUUUUUAACCAUAAGUGUAUCUGGAGACCAAUUUUUUUUUUUAAAUCAAAGAUAGUGGAUACAUCGAUGCAAUACAUCACCAAAGAAUACAUCACAAGUACUUGUAAUAUCUACUGAAUCUCUUUUGAAAAAAAAAAUUUGUGAAUAGCAACAGGCAUCCAGGAGACACUGAAAUAUUUUAUGACAAACCAUGAAAAUUAUAGAAUCACAUUGCUCCUGGUCUCUGGUAGAGCCAAUUAGGCUUUUGUGGCUUUUCCUUUCAUGACUCCUCUUUUCUUUGAUUGCUUUGCCCAAUGAAUUCCUCAAAUGAUUCAAGCUCACUAACACUAAUUAUGAAACAAAUGAACAUCAUUUAAUGGUAUAAAUAUGUCCUUCAUUUCCAAAGCAAUUUAGUGAUUUUAACAUACAUUUGAAUCUGCUCUUGAACAAAGUGAGACCCAUUAAAAGCUAAAAAUUUUAAGUUUGCAUAGUUCUUUCCAUUUCCAAGGAUUUGAGACCUACAGGUUUACAUUAAAGAAGCAAAUGAAAUGCAAUUACACAGUCCAAUCAUUGUGCAUAUUCUAUUUUGCUUACUCUUGAUAUUUUAAUUUAUGACUAUCCUCACGAAUAUUGGCCUAAAGUGCUCCAUCUCAUGCAAUGCAAACCUCUUCAAAGGAAUAUAGAACUAGCAUUUUCACAAAUUAUUUCCUUUUCAUUUCUUUCACAAUUCCUCCAUAGCAAAUUUCUUAUGUGCAGCUGGAUAUAUGUAUGUAUGUAUGUAUGUAUGUGUGUGUAUGUAUAUGUACAUACACAUACAUACACACAUAUAUGUACAUACAUAUGUGUGUACAUAUAUCCCUACAUAUGUCUCAUUAAUUCUAGGGCCACUCUAUUUUAAAUUUAACAUCUCUAUAGUUGUGAUAUCUCUUGAACCACUUGGGUAUAGUGUAUGUGCUUGUGUAAUGUUACACUAAUUCAAUUUUAACUAAUCAGUCAUGGAUGUAAGGGUAUUCUUUUUCUUAUCAAUGUUUGUGAAUUCAUCUAUGGUAAUAUGUGAAACUGAUUUUCAGUGUAACUUAAUCACAUGCAUUUGGAGCCUAAAUGAAUAUGAGCUAAAAUCCUGUGUAUCUGGAAGUUACAAAGGCUUCAAAUUUUCUGUUUUUGUUUUAUAAUAGUGCCUGUCAUUUUAGCAAACAUAAUUGACAAGAAUAGGUAGUUUUCACACAAUUUUGCUAACAAAAUUUUGUUCCUUCUAUUCCUUUCUAAGGGAUUCUUUUGUAAAAAUCAUCUCCAUUUUCUUUCAAAAUUGACUGGAAAAAUAUUACAUGAAAACCAUCACAAUAGAUUUUACAGCAUUUUGUAUGUCUUAUGUCAAUGACAGGGGGAAAAUAUGAUGCAGCUCUCAAUCUUGUGGAAAAAACUCUCCUGCUUUUUUUAUUUGUCUUGAUCUUUUCUGUUUGUUUGAGGUAUUCCUCAGCUCAGAUAAAUUUUUCCCCAAGCCCAUGUAAUGAUGAUUGUAAAACUGCAUAUUUAAGUUAUUUUAAUUAUGUGAAACAAUUGUUCCACUCUCCAGGCAGCUUUUAGUGAAAUACCUGAGAGUAACAACACUACUCCUAUACCUACCUGACAUACCUUUUUGUAUAAAAUUUACCUUUGUAAGCUAACUCUUUCAAUGGUGUUUUUAGCCUCUACUACUCACUUCAGUUAAAAUUGUCUAACAGGACAGAUUAAUAAAACCACUGUGACCAUCAGGGUGGAAACAUGACUUGCCUAAGGAAUGUUUACUAAAUUUACACUGUCCCACAGACAAAUGUGACUGUGAGACAAGUAUGGUACAGAGAUGUUAUUAAAAAUAUGGAGUAUAAGAUAUUUUAAUGCUAAAUUAUAAGAAAGUACAAAUUUGCACAUAUUAAUAUAGAAAUUCAUUUUGUGUAUAUUUAACAAACUUUUUAAACUAUUUUACAUUUGCCAGCUACUUUAUUAAGGUUUAUAUAAACUUCUGCAAAACUAAUUAGAGAUGUUCUUAAAUUAUCAGUGACAUAACCUUAUUUUGUUUCAUUUAACAUGUACUGCCUUUGUAAAAAGAAAUUUAAUAUAGAAUCUAUUUUUAAAUUAAAAUGUUCGAAUACACAAUAGCUAUAAGGAGGAAGAAAAUUCUUACUGGAUAUGUUUUAUAUUAUUUCUGGCUUUCGACUACACAUAGUUAAAUUGCCUUAAAUGAUACUAGAGAUUGAGAAUAUGAUAAUUUCACACAGUAUACUAUGAACCUGUUCACAUAACUUGGAUUGACUACUAACUUCUGGUUUAUGUAUUUAUUUAAGAGCUGACACUGUAGAUUGUUGUGAGAUGUUUAUUUUUCUAACAGAGCUUAAAAUAGUUAUGACAAGGCAUUUAAUUAAUGUACCAUUUGUUUAAUAGUAGAUGUUAAUCCACGUGAAAUUUUGUUUCAAAAUAAAAAUGCAAAGAUCCA